AUGGCCGACGAUAUCGAAACUAGCUUCCAGGCCACCAUCGACGCUGGCAAAAUCAAUGGCGCCGUUAUUUGUACCACGGACACCGACGGUCACUUUGUUUACAAUAAGGCUCUGGGCCAGCGUACCUUGCUGUCCAGCGAAAAGCGCCCGCAGCAGCUCGACGAUGUCCUGUACCUGGCCUCGGCAACCAAGCUGGUCACCGCCAUCGCUGCCCUGCAGUGCGUCGAGGAUGGAUUACUUAGUUUAACCGGCGAUCUAUCGUCCGUCGCACCCGACCUGGCCGCCAAGCAGGUGUUAACUGGCUUUUCCGACGACGGCGAAACCCCUAUUCUCGAACCCCCGGUCCGCCCCGUGACGCUCGAGAUGUUGCUCACCCAUAGCUCGGGGCUCUGCUACCACUUUUUGAUGCCGCACAUCGGCCAGUGGCGCGACAAGUUUGCACCGCCCCAGGAGGGCGAGCGCCUAUCGGUCGAGGAGCUGUUCCGGUACCCGCUCGGCUUCCAGCCCGGCACCGGCUUCAUGUACGGUCCAGGGCUCGACUGGGCCGGCAAGGUGGUGGAGCGAGUGACGGGCCGCACACUCGGUGAACGCAUGCAGGAGCGCAUCUUCGACCCUCUCGGCAUCAACGACGCCCAAUUCUGCCCCGUCACGCGCGAAGACCUGCGCCCCCGGCUCGUGGACCUUAACCCGGAUGAUCCCGAAGCCCAAGGGCGCGCGGUGCUGGGCGGCAGUGUAGACAUGAACAAGCGCGGACGCGGCGACUUUGGCGGCCACGGCCUCUUCAUGUCCGGGGAAAGCUACAUCAAAAUCCUCCACUCGCUGCUGGUCAACGACGGAAAGCUGCUCCGACCCAAGACCGUCGAUGAUCUGUUCGAGCCACACCUGACUCCUGAAGCGACGGCGGCGCACCAGGCUGCAUUGGCAUCUCCUAUGGGCCCCUUUUUCCGCGUAGGCCUCGACGCCGGAACAGAGCUGGGCCAAAGCCUGGGCGGCCUGCUGACCCUGCAGGAUCUGGAUGGCGGGUACGGAGAACGUACGCUGACCUGGGGAGGUGGGCUGACUCUGGUCUGGUUUAUCGACCGCAAGAACGGAUUGUGCAGCGUUUGCGCCAUUCAAGCCUCGCUGCCGUUCAAUACGGACGCGGUGAUGGCGCUGAGGCAGACAUUCCGCCACGACAUUUACUGCAAAUAUGCUGCGUUUAAGGCGCAGGAGAUGCAAAGAAUAUAA